CUCUGCAUUUAGGUUCAAGAAUUGAAAAUAAAUCAGUGAGCUUGUCUGAGCAUCGUGUAUAAAAGACUGAGACACAGUCUGCUCACCACAGCUCAGACACUGCACAGCUCUGCACUGAAAACCUCCUUCUGCUUCACCCUACACUUCAGAAUGGACUUCCAAAUGUUUGCCGUGGCCGUGUUGAUCCUGGCCUGCAUCGAGCAGAGCCUGGCCUCCUGCGUGGUGGACAGCUUCACAGUCAAAGAGGACUUCGACCCCGUGAGAUAUGCUGGAAAAUGGUACGCUCUGCAGAAGAAAGACCCCGAGGGUUUGUUCCUGCAGGACAACAUCUCUGCUGAAUACACCGUUGGAGACGAUGGGUCCAUGGUUGCCUCCUCCAGGGGCAGAGUCACUCUCUUUGGGUUCUGGGUUGUGUGCGCGGACAUGGCUGCUCAGUACUCCGUGCCCGAUCCCGUUACCCCCGGCAAGAUGUUCAUGAACUACCAGGGACUGGCCAGCUACCUGUCCAGUGGCGGUGACAACUACUGGGUCAUUGACACAGACUAUGACAACUACGCCCUCACUUACGCCUGCCGCACCCAAAAGGAGGAUGGAAGCUGCGAGGAUGGGUACUCCCUGGUCUUCUCCCGCAACCCCCGUGGCCUCUCCCCCGCCACCCAGAGAGUCGUUCGCCAAAAGCAGGAGGAGGUCUGCAUGGCCGGACAGUUCCAGCCUGUGCUGCAGACCGGAGCUUGCUAAAUUGGACCUAAGCUGGAGUUGAUUGAACAGCCCUUCAGUACCAUCGAUGAUCAUGCUGCCCAAGAAGAAGACAGAGUUCCUCUCAGAGAUGGAGAGAAGAGAAUAAUCCUGUUCUAAUUAGGAUUUGCUACGUUCCAACGGCACAGAAGAGAACGAUCAGAUAAAUUCAAUAUGCCAUAAACAAAAAUACACUUCCAAGUGUAAUCCAAUGAAAACUAUUAGUGUUUGAGUGAAUGUGAAAAAUCAAACGUGAUGCACUGCUUAAUCCAUCUGUAUUGGUGACAAUAAAUUUUGUACAAAAA